GAUUUAAAGCCCCCCGCCCCUCCUGACCAUGGUCAGCAGGAGGCGAGCGGACAACGUGAUCCUUCCCGCCCGCCCUUGAGCCUCAGCGUCCUGGCAGCUUGCGCUCGGUGCCGUCGGACGGUUGGAGAUGUCGCUGCCCUGCUGUGUUUCGCAGCUGGCGUGCUGUUGUGGCUCCAAUGACUGCUCUCUCUGCUGCAGUGGCUGUCCAAAUAUUAAAACAUCUACAGGAACUCGGGUCAUGUACACACUCUACCACAUUCUGGGAACUAUGGUGUGCUUCCUCAUGUUGUCCCCAACUGUGGGAGAAACAUUGAAGACUCAUGUUCCUUUCUACAAUGAAUUUUGUAAAACCAUUCAAGCGGGUGCCGGCUGUGAUAGACUUGUUGGUUACUCCGGUGUUUACAAGGUCUGCUUCGGAAUGGCUGUAUUCUUCUUCAUUUUCUUCAUCCUGAUGAUCAAUGUUAAAACCAGUAAAGAUUGUCGAGCAUACCUCCACAAUGGGUUCUGGUUUGUGAAGUUUGUGGUUUUGGCUGGAAUGUGUGCAGGGGCUUUCUUUAUACCGGAUCAGGACACCUUUCACAAAGCCUGGUUGUACAUUGCUGCUGCUGGAGCCUUCCUCUUCAUCUUAAUCCAGCUCAUACUGCUGGUGGAGUUUGCACAUAAAUGGAACAAGACUUGGUGGGGUGGAACUGAACAAAACAAAUGCUGGUACGUUGCGUUGGCCCUGGUUACGUUCAUUUUGUACCUGGUCGCCAUACUUGCUGUUGUUCUAAUGGUGAUCUUUUAUACCCACCCUGAUGGAUGCAAGUUAAACAAGAUACUACUGGGUGUCAACACUGGUCUCUGCUUCAUUGUCUCCAUGGUAGCAAUCACACCCUGUGUUCAGAAAUAUCAGCCAAACUCGGGUCUCCUGCAGUCUGGAGUAAUCAGCUGUUACGUGAUGUAUCUCACUUUCUCGUCACUGGCCAACACACCUGCAGAAUAUAUUAUGAAGGAUGGAAUCAACACCACAAUAUGCAUUCCGCAACUCCUGGGCAACGGUCUUCAAACAGAUGACAAGCUUGUGUCUGUGCUGGGAGCCAUAAUCAUGUAUGGCUGUGUCCUGUAUGCCUGUCUAACUUCUACAACACGUUCCAGCUCAAUAACCCUGGGGGUGAGCAGCACCUCAGCUGCUAAACCAACUGAAGCUCGGUGCUGCUUCUGUUUUUUACCAGAUGAAGAAGGUAACUAUGAAAUAGAUGGCGAUGAAAAGGGAACCCAGAAGGUGGUUCACAAUGAGAAGCAAGCUGUUGUGUACAGUUACUCCUUCUUCCACUUUAUCUUUUUUCUUGGAUCCCUGUAUGUCAUGAUGACUUUGACAAACUGGUUUGAGUACGAGUCUGUUGCACUGGAAACAUUUGCAUUUGGAAACUCAUCCAACUUUUGGAUUAAAAUGGCUUCCUGUUGGAUUUGCAUCUUGUUGUUUUUAUGGACCCUUAUUGCUCCCCUGUGCUGUCCUAAGCGUGAAUUUUUUGUGUAAUAUUUUGUAUUCCAGAACUCCAGACUCCCACAGUCCUAUUCCACCUUGUCACGUUUCAUAACCUGUCCUAUUUUCUUUUAUCACAGAUUGACCUUCCCUGUACUAUUCUCUGUUAAAGGCCUCUGUCAAUAAUGAUCUAUGUUAAGUGACAUUCCUACAGUUCUACAGGGGUAGUAUUCCACACCUAAAUGGAGUUACUCUUGUAAAACAUUACAGCACAGACUCUCCGGCCCACAACGUUGUGCCGACAUUUUAAUCUACUCUGAGAUCUGUCAGUGGUAACAAGAAGUUUGCCUGGGGAACAUGAUUCUGAUAUUGGGCCAGCAGUUCAAUUGCAUAGGGGUGAGCUGGAUGCUUUAUGACAAAACUUGCUAAUUGUGCCCGCAUGAAUAAUGCUGGUUUAUACUGAGCUUGUAGAAGGCAAACAGAUCAGUUUAGCGGAAUUAAUCAAGACUUUCAACAACCUGGAUGUAUGCAGCAGAAAUGUCUCUUACGCUGCCUAAACGAGGCCCUCUGUUGGUUGGGGCCGACCACGGACGUUGCAUUCCAGCUGUCUGUGUGAUGUGCAAGAAAGGGAAGUGCAAAAUGGAGAACAAGCUGUUGCCAAGUAGCAGGCUCCCCCUCUCCAUGCAGCUGAGGAAUCCAAAGGAACGGCAGAGACUGAUACGAUCUGGCACAGGUGUUGUUGCAGGACUUGCCGGUCAGCAUUGAACUCAACAUAGUACUGCCUUAGGGACUCCAGCUCCACACUUUGCCUGGGAUUUACUCGUGAAGGCUUCCCCCUGAGUGCGUACAGCUGCAAGGCAGUGGAGGUUUGAGAUCAGAGUUUUCCUUCUUGAUGAGCUGCCAACCACGGCUGACGAGCCUCGUCUGCCCAAAACAACUCAUUUUACGGUGCCAGUAACGUGCCUUUGCCCCUUCUCCUGUCAGUAGAAACGGUUUUGCCAGGCUUAGUAGCUAAGCCUCACGUGAAGGCCAGGAGCUGGAUUUGGUUGUCAGAGGUUAUUUAAGACAUUGGGAGCAUUUAGUAAUUAGUGAGGGCUUUUCCCCACUAUCACUUCUGGCUACAACAACCUUAAGGAACCAGCAGCCUAAAGGUUGUUCCAUGUUCACUGGGCUUUAAUAAACCCAGCAGUUCUCAUCAAAGGCAUCCUAGUGGUUCCCAGCUUUGAGUUGGACCCAAUCUUAAGACACGUCUGUUUCCUAUAUGUAAACCAUAAUGAGUCACGCUUUGCCUCACCCUUUGCAGAAGCAGGUUUGUGACUGGAAAGGAUGAUUGGAAGUUUUAAAGCUUAGUGGAAGAAUAAAACUGAAAAUAUUAAAUCCUUCAUUUAAAAUUAUUUCAUUGUAUAGUUGAUGUAAAGUAGUAUGGAAAAAGUUAGAAGUCAGUAUGAAGUUAAUUGAAAUGUAAAUGAAAGGGAGAAGUGGGGUUGGUUUUCAAAGAAUCAACUUAAAUGUAAUGCCAGUGUCUCCUUUGUUUGGAUCCCGUUGCCUGCCACGCCUUUUCUUGCAAAUUUUAUUUGCUAAUCAGUAGCAGGAGAGUCCUGUGCAGAUUUUACUAUGCACCACUUGGGAUUAAAGCAUUGUGGCCCCUUGUAUUACAAAUUGUCAAUAGAAUAGAAAGCGAAUGUGGAAAUAUUUAUAGAUGGGCAAAAUCAAAGUUGCACCACCUUUAAGAAAUGAAGAAGCUAAAUUGCAUUGAUUGUAUGAAGUGUUUUGAUGCGGGUAUUCAUGUGUAUUUAUUUAAUGUAGUUUUUAAAAUUAGUAUUGAUGCAACAUUUUGUAUCUUAAUAAGAUGAACAAAUUUAAUUAGUGAUAUGAUUGCCAAGCUUAAAGCUGGUUCUGUGGCCAAAUCUGUGGCUGUAAAAUAUAUAACACUACUGGAAGCAUGUACCUGCUGCCAUUUGCCAAAUGCUUGGCAAAGUUCCGCCAGUUAAUUUCCAUUUUAGCCAACUAGUAAUUGUGCUGGUAUUCUAAACCAUUUUAAAUAUUCGUGUCGGUAAAACUUGUUAGUUUUUAAAGCAAAACUUGCCUGCUUUUGUUUUAAACUCCUCUGGCAUCUCUGUGCCAAAGUGGCAUUCGCAGCUUGUGCUUGCUACCACUGCAUUGUUUCUUUGGUAUUUGACUUUUUUUUCUUUUAAGAUUACACUAAACCAAGAAGAAAAGCUUCAAUGACUAGUACUUGCGGCCUAUCUAAAUAAACCAGAAUGGGGAAUUGCUAGAAAGAAGUGAAGUGGGCAAUGUAAAAACAAAAGUACUAGUUAGUAAUAGAAAGUAAAGUAAUAGUUGACUGUUAUUUUGAGCAAAAGACGAUAUGAAAGUAAGAGUUCAGAAUGAUUGUGCCACUUCUUGUCCCAUUUGAAAGUGAAGCAGCGGGUUACUGAAAAUAUGAAUGCUAUUAAGACUUCCUAAAAUCUAUUUUGUACAGAAGCUUGCACGAUCAGACUGUAACUGGCAGAAUGAUUUAACUGUAGAAGCUUAUACAUCAGUCUGCUAAGUGGAAGAGCCAUAAUGAUACUGACAAACUGGAAUUCAGCAUGUAGAUUAGGACAGAAUUUUAGUCUUUAACCUCUCUUUUGUCUGUGUAUGUGCGUAGGGGUUGUUGGAAGGGAUUGGAUGCAAGAUGGUCAAAAUGUCUUAUUACAAUGCCAAAAUAAAGCUGAAAUGCUUUAUUUACCUCAGUAGUUUGAUGUCACCUUUCCAGUAGCAUUAAUGGCCAGUGAUAACUAUGUUCUUUGAAACUCUUUCCAGUUCCAGAAGGAGUUAACUUAAUGUGUAGAGGCUAAAUACUGUGAUACUGACCUACUGAAAACAUUUGGUAACUUAUUAAAUGCUAAGUAAAUAGCCAAAACUCUGUGGCAGUUUUCAAAAAGAAGCUGCAACUUGGUUGCUGAAUUUGAAUCAUUUGUGGGUCUAUUACGAAGUGAAAACAAAAAUAUCUGAAUUCCCUGCAUUUUCCGAGGCACAGUUGGUAGCAUAUUUUAAGUAUAAUUGAAAACUUUAAAAUUUAGUUUGUAGGUUUUGCCUUCUAUGGAUGAUUGCUUUAUGCAAAGCCACAACUUUUACAGUAUAUGGAUAAAAGUAUAUAAUUUAGAGUUUGACUAUCUUGAAGUAUGGUGCUGGAUAAGGCCAAGUUUAUAAGAGAUCACACACAAAAUGCUGGAGGGACUCAACAGGUCAGGUGGCAUCUGUGGAGGAGAAUAAGCAGUUGAGAUUUGGGCCAAGGUUGUGGAAUCUCUUGUGUUUAAGUUCUUAGAAAUAUUGCCUGGAAACUGGCCAUGCUGAACAAUGUGUGUGUAUUUUUAAAAAUCAGAUACCAGUAAUUUCACAUUAAAUUAUAUGAACUUUGCUAAGUGGUAUUUUAAUCUCCUUGGGUACAAAUGUUGAUGGACUGUGAUCUGAAGCAGUUGUAAAGUAUUACUUCCUGUUAUUUUCUUCUUAUUCCAGUACUGGUGCUAAUAUUGACAUGCCUACCUGUUUAAGACUUGUAUGUUUUAUAUCUUGGAAUCUUUUGUAUUUUCCCUAUUGCCAUAUCUCCUGUCCUUGUGCACUGUAAAAUGCCAUCUUAUAACCUUGUGGAGUUGAUGGCUUUCUGAUUUUUUUUUCUUUAACAAAUGAACCAUGGACUCUGGCCUGAAGUAGCAGUCUGCACCAAUAAGAAAGAAAACGUGAACUUUAAAUAACUUUUGUUAUGCAACUGCAUAAUUUUUUAAAGAGCUGUGGGAGAGGUUUUUUAAAAAUGUUGAAACAGCAAAAAUUGACAUCUCUUUUGAUAUGAUGAUUUUACAGCACCUUUUGUGGCUGUUGUAUAUUGUCACUUUAAAUGUUGCUUAAAUUAAGGCUGAGGUUUCAUCUGCCCCCAAAUGCUUGAUUCUACUUAAGUGCACACUUCAUGGAAAUGGGUGUUUGCAGUGGAGACACAAGUUAGACCUGGCAAUACAACCAGUUUUACCUACAAGGUUUUUUUGUGUGAAGGUUAUAUGCCAUAAUAAUUCAUCUACAUUUUCGAAUAUAAUGCUGCUUUGGCUCUCUACCUUACAAGUGCACAUUUUUUUUAUUAAAAUACUCAAUAAAUCAAACUUUCUCUCUGAAAUGUUAUUUUGAAGUGUGUUAAGAACCCCACAGUAUGUCACACUAAUCUAAAUUUUCAUUCUUGCUUUUAUUGUUUUAAUAAACUUCU